AGGCCGUCGACGCCGUUGCACACGCAAUUCAAGACAGACAUUGAGAUCUUUCAUGUUUCGUGCAUAGCGAUGGCUUCAGAGUCGACAGAUGAUUCUUUUCCCUGGCAUUUAGGCGUAUUCGACGCUCAUUGCCACCCUACCGAUACCAUGAGCUCCAUAUCAUCUAUUCCUCAUAUGAAAGCCAGAAUCUUGACAGUAAUGGCUACUCGAGGACAAGAUCAAGAACUCGUAGCUCAAGUUGCCGAUUCGUAUGGUCUUAGAAGCCAGUCAGACAUCGAGAAAGACACAGAGGAUCGCUGCAUUGUGCCUUGCUUCGGAUGGCAUCCAUGGUUUUCUCACCAAAUGUACGAUGACACAGAGGCAGCCAUUUCAAAUGCAGAUACUCCAGAGUUCAAGACGCGCCAUUAUCAAUCAGUCUUGAAACCCAGACCAGAAGAUUCCGCAUUCCUUAACUCGCUUCCUCAACCUCGGUCGUUGAAACAGUUUCUUCAGCAAACGAAAGCCUAUCUUGAACAGUAUCCCAUCUCUUUGGUUGGAGAAAUUGGCAUAGAUAAGUCAUUCCGACUUCCAGGGCCAUGGUCUCAAGAGCUCGAAGAAGAGAGAGACCAGACAUUGACAUUGGGAGGCAGGGAAGGACGACCGUUGUCGUCUCAUCGAGUGCAGCCUGAUCACCAGAAGGCAAUCUUCAAGGCCCAACUCAGGCUUGCCGGUGAGAUGAGUAGAGCUGUCUCUGUUCAUGGAGUUCAAGCUCAUGGUGUUGUUUUUGACACUCUUCAAGAGACUUGGAAAGAUCAUGAGAGAGAAGUACUCAGUAAGAAAGAUAGGAGGAAAGCCGAGAGAACUACCCAUCCGAAGGAUGAGCAUCAACCAGAAACAGUCGUUCCGUUGCCAAAACCGUUCCCUCCUCGGAUAUGCCUUCAUUCUUAUUCUGGUCCACCCGAUCCACUAAAACAGUAUUUCCAUCCUUCAGUCCCAGCAGAAAUAUUCUUCUCGUUUUCGGAGGUCAUUAAUAUGUCUAGUGGGCCUAGUUCGAAGGCUACCGAUGUUAUCAAAGCUGUCCCAGAUGAUCGAAUACUGGUUGAGAGUGAUCUCCAUAUCGCUGGCGACGAAAUGGACAAGAAACUGGAGGAGAUGUGUCGUAAGAUCUGCGAAAUCAAACGCUGGAACUUGGAGGAUGGUGUGGCCAAGCUGGGAGAGAAUUGGCGUCGGUUUGCAUUUUCGUGAUCAUGCUAAUAGCUCUCUACUUCAUCAAGAUGAAGGGUAAAAUGCUGUUGAUCAAGCCAAUCAAGCUGUGCAGAUG